AAAUUUUUUUUUCUUUUCAAACAACUAGAUAAAGAGAUACCAUGAAAUAAAGACUUAAUUUAAGGGAUGAGUCUUAUUAAACCAUAAAAAAAUAAAUGCAAAUAUAAUGGCUGAAUUGAGAACCUAGAUCACCGGAUCUGUCUGAAAAGGAGCAUCCAAGUUCGCCAAUUCUGUGUGGAAGGUGAUUUUGAAGCCAUUUUGCGGCAAAAACCAAUGCAAAUCAAAACAUUUCUAUCUCACUCAAUUUUCACAUUUCCAUUUUCCACUACUUGGACCAAUAAUUUGCAGGAGAUUGUUUCAAAACCCAGCAACUGCACAAGUUUAGCUUUUAGGAAUGGCAAACAACUGUCCUUUCAAUGGGCCACUGGUAGAAGAGUUAACUUUUCUUCAAGGCUCAGCUCCUUUCAAGAGCUGUCAUGCUUCUACCAUUGUUGAGGUUGGUAAGGAUCAUUUUUUGGUUUCCUAUUUUGGGGGCUCAUCAGAAGGAGCACCUGAUGUCAAAAUAUGGUUGCAAACUUACAAGAAUGGAAGAUGGGAAUCACCGGUAAUAGCUGAUGAACAACCAAAUGUUCCUAUGUGGAACCCUGUGCUAUUCAAACUUCCAUCAGAUGAGCUACUUCUGUUUUACAAGAUAGGCCAAGAAGUUCAGAAAUGGAGUGGAUUCGUCAAACGGUCGUAUGAUAAAGGAAUUACUUGGACACAAAGAGAGCAGCUUCCUCCUGGUAUAUUAGGACCUAUAAAGAAUAAGCCCAUUUUGCUAGAAAAUGGCCAAUUGAUUUGUGGAUCAUCUGUUGAAAGCUGGAACUCUUGGGGCGCUUGGAUGGAGGUCACAACAGAUUUUGGCAAGUCGUGGAGCAAACAUGGCCCAAUUUACAUUGAAAAUAAACCUCUAAGUGUGAUUCAACCAGUACCUUACCAGACUGCAGAUGGGAAAUUACGUGUCUUACUACGAUCCUUCGAAGGCAUUGAUAGAGUAUGUAUGUCUGAAUCAUCGGACGGUGGCCUGACUUGGGGACGCGCAAAACCUACUCAGCUCCCUAACCCAAAUUCAGGUAUUGACGGGGUUAAGCUUAGAGAUGGCCGUAUAUUGCUCGUUUAUAAUACAACAUCGAGGGGCGUGCUUAAAGUUGCACUCUCUAAUGAUGAUGGUGAUUCAUGGUAUGAAGCUUUCACAUUGGAAGAUUCAUCUGGAAUGGAAUUCUCAUAUCCCGCGGUUAUUCAAGCUAGUGAUGGACUAAUACAUAUCACCUAUACAUAUAAAAGGACACAAAUUAAGCAUGUUAUUCUUGGACCAAAUUGAUGUGGAGUAAACUGUUUCAAGUAAGCAGAAACAAGUAACCUUCUUGUCUCCAAAUAUUAAAUCUAAUGCAGAAGUGUUAUUGUUAUGUUAUAUAUGUUUGCAGAACAUUUAUGCUUCAGUCUUCAUAUAUUUUAUUAUUUAUAGUA